AUGCCUUACCCAGUGACGAACGGCGUGACGACCUUCCUACCACCACCUGAAAGCUACGUGGUGGACUUUGACAACCCGCAGAAACAAGAUGCCAUCGAGCAUUAUCUUGUAUUCGCUAUUCUCGGACCAAUUGCGUUCCUGUUUUUAUUACAGAGACUCUAUACGAAGUACUUCAUCUUGGGAAGCUUGAAGAUCGAUGAUGCUCUGAUUGUAGUUGCUUGGUCGAUUCAGAUAUGGUCCAUCUCCAUCGGAGGUCUCUGCCACCACGCAUGGGAAAUGCCAAUCGACGUCUUUGAGAAUCACAUGCUCAGCUCAUACAUCGCUGCACCCGUCUUCAUCAUCUGCAAUGGCUGCAGCAAAACAUCUUUGUUAACAUUUUACCUUCAAAUAUCACCACAAGUGUGGUUCCGUCGAGUCAUUUUUGGAACCAUCGCCUUUGUCGUUCUUUACACUCUUAUCAUCUCUACGCUUCUUCUCUUUGGCUGUUAUCCUAUUCAAACAGCCUGGGAUCCGUUCCGAUUCGCAAGUGGAAAGUGUGCUGACAAUGCUGUUGUCUACAUCAUCAUUGCCGUGGUCAACAUUAUCUCUGAUCUUAUCCUAUUUGUCAUUCCCAUACCCAUGAUUGUCCAGCUGAAGAUGCCGUUGGGCCAGAAGAUUGGAGUGGCUAUUAUGUUUGGUAUUGCCACCAUAACUGUCGCGACGUCAAUAAUUCGAAUGAUCUACCUCCCCGCUCUUCUCGGAGCACUCGACAUCCCAUGGGUCGCUGCCCCGGCCAACGUCUGGUCUAUCGCUGAAGCGAACCUCUUCAUCGUUUGCGGCUCAAUGCCCACAUUGCGCAAGUUCUUCAAGCGUAUUGCACCGAAUUGGAUGGGCUCCUCACCUGCACCCGAAGAAGUUGCUGUGUUUGAGUCUGUGUCAGAUCAGUCAUCCCGAUUUGUAUUAGACAAGAAGAAGAAGAAAAAGCAUACAGGAUAUUCGCAGUUUGAUACACUGGAGUUGAGUAAUUAUCCUGACACUGUUAGUCAGGAAACGCAAGUAAACGGUGGUAAGGAUGAUGAAGGGGAGUUAGGGAAUGCUUUGUACAACACGAGUGAGGAGGCGGGUUUACAGCAGAGCAAAAUUGCCUACACGAAGUCGUUUGAGGUAACACGCAGUCCAUGA